CAAAAAUUCCUUUCUCAAAUCCUUAUCCCACCAAUUCCUCCACUCAUGGCAAGAAACGCUUUGUUUUCAAGACGAUGGAGGUCAUCAUCCGAGACCACCACCACCGAAUUUGAUGAUGUUCAUGUUCUUGCUGUUGAUGAUAGCCUCGUUGAUCGGAAAGUCAUUGAACGUUUGCUUAAAAUCACCUCAUGUAAAGUCACGGCGGUGGAAAGCGGUUGGAGAGCUUUGCAGUACUUAGGCCUUGAUCAAGAGAAAUCCUCAUCUGAUUUCGUCAAUGAAUUGAAGGUGGAUCUGAUAAUCACUGAUUACUGUAUGCCUGGAAUGACUGGUUACGAAUUGCUCAAAAAAAUCAAGGGAUCAGCAACUUUCCGAGAGGUGCCAGUAGUGAUCAUGUCGUCAGAAAACGUUGUAGCACGGAUUGACAGGUGCUUGGAAGAAGGUGCGGAGGAUUUCAUUGUAAAGCCUGUAAAACUUUCCGACGUCAAACGAUUGAAAGAUUACAUGUUUGGUGAAAACCGAGGAACAAUCCCUGCAAAUAACAUCAACAACAAAGAAGAAAAAGGAAGUCUCAACAAAAGAAAACUUCAACAAAUGUCUGAAGCUUCCCCUUCCCCUUCUCCUUCUCCUUCCCCUUCACCAUCACCAUCGCCAUCGCAAUCGCCAUCGCCGCCAACGGUGUCUCCGUCCGCCUCCCUAUUGCCGGCGACGGUGUCACCCGUAACAUCCCCAUCUCCGCCGACGGUCUCUCCCUCAACUUCCCCAUCUCCGCCACAAUCUCCGUCGACAUCAUCAUCGUCAUCAACGCCUCCGAGCUCACCACCCUUUUCUCCGUCACAACUAGAAUCCCCAACAAUGCGGCUUAAGGUGACCAACUCCGAUCACUCCGAUCAAGCCUAAUAUUUUUCAAUUUUCCCUUUUGAUAUUUUCAUCUUUUAUUAAUUACAUCAUAGACAAGUAAGGCAAGUACUUGUACAUUUAAAAGUUGUUUUUUUUUCUCCUUCCAUGGCUGCUUGUCCACUUCUUCUUCAAUGAAUUUACAGAUAUUACAAUUU